AUGGGUAAAUCAAAGAGCAAGUCAUCACAGGCACCACAAAAGUCAAAGUACUUUGUAGCCGUGAUGGGAUCAGGUUCAGUCGGCAAAUCAGCAUUGACCGUACAGUUCACUCAAGGGAUCUUUAUCGAUAAGUAUGACCCAACUGUAGAGGAUACAUAUACAAAGACAUUCGAACUGGAUGGCGAGAAUGUGUGCAUAGAGGUAUUGGACACAGCCGGUUCAGAGGUGUUGGUGGCGAUGCGUGAACUGUACAUGAAGAGCGCAGAGGGAUUCGUUCUAGUUUACAGUAUCCUGGUCAAGUCUACAUUUAACGAAUUGAAAGACAUCAUCGAGCAACUAUUUAGAGUGAAGGAGGAGGAAGAGGUACCCAUAGUAUUGGUUGGAAACAAGAUCGAUUUGGACUCACAUAGAGAGGUCAGCACGAAUGAGGGCAAGGCACUGUCACAGAGUUAUCCAAACUGUGACUUCUGGGAGACAUCAUGUAAAGAUAGGAUUAAUGUAGAUAACACUAGGUUGCCACUCGAGGAGGUGAUCGAGACUGUACCGUUGGUCGAUGGUGAAUCCCCACCUCGUAUGACAUAUUUCACAGACAAUGGAUCGAUUCAAACGUUCAAACAGAGGAUGAAGCAGCGUGCCAUUGACAUCAAGCAGAUGCAGAUUGAUACUCUCAACGAAGAGGAGUAUAAUCUAAGCAUUUCCGAUUCAUUAUAUAACAAGCGAGUGAACAUGUACGAGCCGACCCCUGCCUCAAUCUCCUCGCCCGUCAAGUCCAAGAGCGAGCAGAAAGACAUUCAGAUCACGCAACUACUCUUUGGUCAAAGCGAGGUCAUUGACACAUCGCCGCGCAAGGAGCUGAGCGUUGGGUCAAUCAUUGAGUUCUUGAUGGACAAUAAGAUGUACUUGGGAGUGAUUCAAUCAGUGUCGAGCAACAAUGCAACCGUUAGAUAUUUGGAUCAUUAUGAGAGGAAUGCACCAAUAAUGGUAGAGGAUCAUGUUAUAUCGAAGAGAAGUAUACUUGGAUCAUGGCCAAUCGAUCAAUACACAAUCAAGGACCCCAAGUACCUCCUACAACUUGAAGAGUCCUACAGGAAUGGUCACAUCUAUGCCCAACUCCGCUCAUUCCCAACGAUCACAAACUUGUUUAGAUCAACGACACGCAAGUUCUCAACACUAGAGGCGACAAAGGUCACCACUUGCCACAUCAAUCCUGGAUUCCGUGAUAUGUUCACGACUUUUAGAGCGAUCAACACCGACCCCAACUUUAGUUACGACAUUGUUCGCGGUGGAUAUCGCGUUGUCGAGCUUCAACUCGAGCCAUUCGAUGCCUUCCUCGACAGACUAAAGUCAUUCAUUCAAUUAGUCAAGGCCCCUGGCACUGUCACUGGCACUGGCACUGGCAUCACUGAAUCAACAAAGGAAAUUACAUUCUUCAAUCACUUUAUACCAACAUCCGACUAUCAAUACAUCAAUCUGAUCAAGUUGUACUUGAUCUACCCUGUGGAGCACAGCUCACCAUUCCCUUCAAUGAUGCGCAUGAUCUUUGAUGCCGUUGGCAUGAAGGUAUCUCGCGAGAAUGCACACACACUGCUGUCCACACUUGGCUUCCAGAUGGGCAUCCCCUCAAAGAAGCAACGCGCAGUCAAUCUGUUCACAGAGGAGUCACGUGCGCAGGCACAGAAGAUCAUCGCUUGCAUUGAUGGCGUUAGCGGUGCCAAUGUAACUGACCCCCUGGCAACGCUGCGCCAGGACUUUGACCUGCCCGUGAUGGCCAUCGACCCCGUCGGUGUGCUGGGCGCAGAGGACGCCUUCUCAAUCGACCCUAACGAAUCAGAUGACAAACAGACCGUGCUCUACAUCCAUACAUUGGACAUCCCCCGAUGGUUUGGAAAGGAGAGCGUGUUGUUCAAGAACGCCAUGCUCAAUCAUAACACAAUGUACAAUGACACACUUGGUGUGAUGCCCAUGCUGCCACAUGAGCUGACCAACAAGAUGGCCAUUGGCGUCACCAACAAGUCAGCAGCCUACGCCAUCACCCAGCGACUUGUAAUCGACAACAAAACAUCCGAUAUCAUAUCACAGACUAUCAUACCAACCAGGUUAAAGAAUAUCAUUCAAAUAUCACAUGGACAGGGUGAGGUCAUACUCAAGAAUAUGGAGACAAUGUCACCAGAUGACAUGUCAACUGGACAUCAGAUCAUGAAGAAGAUGCAGGACUUGGCGAGGGUGCGCGAGAUCAACAGAGACCUGAGGCCCUAUGGACGUUUCGUUCGCAAAGGAAACAAUGCAACCUUUGUCACAGCCGACAUCAUCAACGCAGUGUUGACAUAUGGAGACGAAGGCAUCACACAGUAUUUCAAUUCAAGGAGGAGCACGGUAUUCUACAAGAACGACUUCUCAGCAUUCUAUACAUUGAGUCCAAUGACGAAGGAGCGAUCAUUCGUUAGGAUGUCAGCACCAUUGCGUCACUUUAAGAGCAUGUUUGCUCAGGUACAGCUUCAUGCCUACUUGUUGAGCGAUGGAAUACAGCCUGCCUUUAGCACGGCCGAUGCCAACAAGAUCUGCCACGCUUCCCUCAACAUCAUGUUCUCGAUCUUGCACUUUGAGAAGCUUUUGGUCAACAGUAGGGCAUUGCUACGAUUCAACGAGUAUCUAAACAAGGAGCGAUUGUUGGCUGCCGAGCGAUCGAGUGGCAGUGGCCUGGGCAAGAGUGGAAUGACCAAGAAGCAAUACCAGGACGAUCUGAAACAGCAGCAGUACGCACCUAUCGAGAUGUCUGGCGUGAUAUCAAGCUAUCAAGAGCAGAGUGCCAACGUUAACAUUCACUUUGCCGAGUGUGACUACACUGCCACCGACAUACCAUGUCGAAAGUGGCAACGAACCAACAAGGUGAUCAAGCUUGGCGACAAGAUCCAAGUGUCCGUAUCAGGUAUCGAUUGGGGUACACUCAAGCCAACACUAGAAGUAAUAAGUAUACUUUAG